AUGCAUCCACUCACGUGGACGACCCUAUUUAUUGUUACAGUAAGUUGAACCCUUGAUUUUUGUUAUUGUACUUUUAGGUAUUAACACAACAAGCCUUGCCAAAGUCAGAUUCAGCUAAUCACAAAGGGAAUAUAGAUGUAAGUUGGUUUUUAAGGUUGAUUUAGGUAACAAACGUUUGCUUUAGGUAACAAACAUGUGUUUUAGGUAAUAAAGAUUAGUUUUAGGUAACAAAUUAUAAUUUUUUGGACUUUUAAGGAUAAUAUUGUCAGUUUUAAACAUCAAAUUCUAAAAAUAAUGAAAGUUUAGAUAAGAAAAACCCAUAAAAAUGCUAUAAAAAUGUUAUUUUAGGUAAUAGAAGCCAGUGGACGGCCAGCAAACGGCCGAUUAGACGACGAACAAGUCCGAGGCUCAGGUUCACAUAACCCUGAUGAUGAAGAUGGUGAUGCAGUCGAAGGUUCAGGUCGCUACACUCCGCCAUCAACUCCACCAGCAGUAGUGAAAGAAGUCAAACUCACCACCACAACAACCACAGAGCGGCCGAAAGUGGAAAUUCAUCCGGACGAUAUGGAUGAAGACGAAGAUGAUGAAGACGAUGAUGAUGACGAUGAAGAAUAUGAGGAUGAUACACAAGGUCAAGAGGUUGAUAAUGGACCAAGUCCAGUCGUACCGGUACCAAUCGCAACACAAACGCCGGUUUAUGUUACGACCAGUACGAGUACGACCACCGAAAGGCCUACUACAACAUCGACGAGAAGGCCGUACGUUCAACAGAAUCCCACGGUGGAGGACGCGAAGACUGAGUUUCCGUUCGGAUUCAGGUUCGAUAUGCUACAGCCUGGAAUCUUGGCCGGUAAGUUUUUUUUUGGAUUUUUGGGGGAAGUUUGAAGGGGUGACGCAUUUUUUUAAAAAGGAUGACGUCUUUUAUGUAAAAUUUAUUUUUUUUUGAAAUUAUGGCGUAUUUUUUAAAUGAUGACUUUUAUUAUAAAUUAUGACACAUUUUUCAAUUUUGAUGACGUAUUUUUUGGGAAAGUUAACGCAUUUUUUGGAAACAAUGACACAUUUUUUGGAAAUGAAAAAAAUUUUGAAAUUUUUCAAACCCACAAUAAUAGAUGUCAUUUUAGCAAUCAGCGGCGGCGUAGUAAUCGGCAUCCUGCUAGCCAUCUUGGUCGUGAUGUACAUCGUCUAUCGGAUACGGAAGAAGGAUUCUGGAUCCUACCCUGUAGACGAACCUCGCCAACCACCCCACUACUCUUAUGCUUAUCAGAAAGCUCCAACCGCCACCAAGGAGUUUUACGCGUAG